CACACACACACACACACACACACACACACACACACAGACACACACAGUGUCCCUGGGCUUGUCAGCUCUAAUAAUAGGGGGGAUCGGGUUCUGGACGAUCAGUCGACUGCAGCUCGUCACAAUAACUGGAGGAGGAGGAGCUCUUUCUUUCUUUCUUUCUUUCUCCUCCGUUGCUCACUCACUCUUUCAUUCGCUUCUUUUCUCUGUGACAUGAUCUCCUUGAUCAGUUACUGCUGCUUCACUGGAACUUUUUAAACUUGUGUGAUAGUUCCCUCAAAGUCCUCGGUAAUGUUUUUAAAUAGUUUAGUAGUAUAACUUUUUGCUGUUAUCAGAUAUUUGAAUUGAUUAAUCAGGAGCUGAGAGGAUUCGUCUGCAGGCACUUUGCUCGGUCCUGUUUGGGUUCAGCUGAGACCCGAGGAGGUCCAUGCAGCGUUACCGCCACUAUGGCGCCUCCUACUCCUCCUCCUCUGCUCCUGUAGAGGAGGCCGAGGCCCUGGAAGACGAGGAGGAGGAGGACGAGGAGGAGGAGUAUGCUGAAGAGGAGGUGUGUGAGGAGGAGCAGCCGCUGUUAGAGGAGGGGGUGCAGGCCGUGGUCCAGGACACAGGAGGCGUUAAUGAGGAGGAGGUCCCACAGAGGAAGGGGGAGGUGACACCUGCUGUCUCUGAGACAGGUAAGAAGGAAUGAUCAGCCAGGUCUGGUCUGGUCUGGUUUGGUUUGGUGUGGCCUGGUCUGGUUUGGUUUGGCCCUGUCUGGUUUGGCCUGGUCUGGUCUGGUUUGGUUUAGCAUGGUUAGUGUCUGUGUACUAUGAGUAAAGCUCAGUGAUUUGUUACUGAGACCUGAUGUGUUUGGUUUGUUGUGAGUUGUCUUUGCCUGCUGUGAGUCACUUUGACCUUGUGUGCUGCAUGGUGUCUGUGUAAACACUUCCUGUCCCUGGUUUUCACAAUAAAAGCCUCCAGUAAGGACAGUUAUGUGGCUUUUAUUGGUUUAGAUGCAGGAGAUUUGAAGUAAUAUUGGAUCCUGAUUUAGCUGGAUGUGGUUUCUGAUGGGCCUGGAUUAGGUGUUUAUACGACUCGUGGUUUGUGAAUCAACUGACGUGAAUCAUGUAAAAAUAAAGACAAUUAACAUGUGUAAUUUAUUUAACAGAAACACGAGGAUAUUCAAACUUAGAAGUAGUAAGUAAAUGAAGAAGGGAUUUCAACAGGCGUCUUUUGGGACUUAUCUUAUUUUCUAAAUAUUUAUCUGAAUUAUUUACAACUUAAAACCAUGUGACGAGUCCUGUUGACCACAGACUCAGCGUCUCCUAAAGGUCCAGUCUGUGGACUUUAUCUGGAGUAUUCAAACUUUUAUUAGGUUCACUGGUACAAAAUCAUAAUAAUAAUGCAUCU